GAUAUUAAAUCCCUUGAUACGACAGACUGCCGUCCGAACAACCUCCGCUUCUCAAAUUACACUAUUUUGAAUCGAGAAACACGAUAGAAGAGCGGGAAAGAUGGACUACAAUAACUGAAAUGACGGAUACAACGACAUUAGGGAUUGCUUUGGGUGCUUUACUCGGCUUUAUUGCCGGGGCAAUAGCUGUUGGGCUAGUAGUUUUAUAUUUUAAGAGGAAAACGAAGUCAUAUGAUACCGAUGACGGACCAAGAAGAUCCGUAGAAUAUUUCGCUUCGCCACCACAGAAUCUUGUUCCUUCCCACACACGUCCUGUUCCUAUACAACCAAAUGUGUACAGAUUAAAGAAAGAAACARAGGAAGAAGAAGCUGAAGUGGACGACGGAGAAGAAAGAGUGCGUGUCACUGAACCGUAYGAUCACCGAGCUGUCCAAAUGGGUGUAAUCAGCGAAGAAGAGGAACAAGGUGCUCAAAUCACCGAACUACCUCAAUCUAAGGACGAAGAAUCGCCAGCAGCAAAGCGCAAAAAGCUCUCAAGAGGAUUGAGUCUACCUACAAACAUCGUAUCUUCAGAUUUAAUUCACUAUAAUCAAGAUAUCCUUUCCAGAGAUGUGCAGCAACAGUGUGUCCUCGAAACGUCGAUGUUUUACGAUACCGCUAGCAAAGAACUGCAUGUCACUGUCAUUCAGGUCAUUGGAAUACCGACUCCUGACGAGAGUUUUUUGCGUCCGCCUAACUGUAGUGUUAAAAUGCGAAUUUUGCCUGAAAUGCUUACAUGGCAGUGGACGAGAAAGAUUUCCCGCACUGUCAGUCCUGUGUUCAACGAAACCUUUAUAAUACCUGGAUUUGUACACAAUAAGUUGAGAGAAUGUACGGUACAUUUUGUUGUCCUUGACUUUGACCAUGUGCAGGACAACGUGUACGUAAUUGGUGAAGUUUUUAUGCCUUUAUCUGAACUACGAGCCAAUAGGCUUGAAAAGAUCUCCAAGAGAGUGAAUCCACUAUCGAUUUGAAGACAAUAGCAAGAUAUUUAUAAGAUAAAAUUAAUUUAUGUUGUUCAGUUUGGUGAAAAAGGGGAAAUGUGUCCUUUAGUUUGUUUUGAUAAAGGUAUCAACUAUACAUGUACAAUGCAGUUGUACUGGUGUAUUGUAUUGUUAAUUGUUCAUAUCAUGUUCUUUUCUUUGUAAUAAAUUAAUGAUAUAUUAUUUAAUAUUAAAUCAAUAUAUUAUUUAG